CACACACCUAGGUGAGAAAAAUGAAAUCGGAAUACAUGAAUAAGCACCUGUGUCAAAGCUUUGCCUGAAGUGUUUUGCAAGAUUCAUCACUCUCAUCUAUUCUCUCCCUCCCAUGCUAAUCAGCAGAAUUCUGUCUCUUCCAGGCUAGAAGGGGGGGGAAUAAAAGAGCUUAGGUUAGGGAAAAUGAAAUUUAGCUGUUAUUGUGAUGCCAAGAAAUGUUAGCUAGGCAAUGAAGGUAGCCUUAACUAGGUAGGCUGAGCAUGCUUCAAUCCUUCCAAAGGAUAAAAGUGGCUAACUUGUCACAUCAGCAAUGAAUUUUCAAUUAAAACACAGCCAUAAUGAGUUGCUUUCAGGCUAAUGUCUUGUACAUAUUCUUUUUUUUUUUUUUCCAACGACAAAAUAAACUUUCACCAAUUCUGACAGUUUCUAAACUAAUGAACAUACAUAAGCAUAGAUGAUAACCCAGAAUGAACAAAGAACCUGUGUAUAACAUCCAAGCACAAAUGCAUGGACACAUGCAGCAGCGCAGUUAUUGUGCUGCUGUAGAAACCCUAGCGAAGCGUUCUUUAACUAUGAGUGAUUGAAGUGCCGACUGUAUUGCUGCAAUAAUACUUUAAUCGUAGCCCAGUGGAACUAAAACAAAUACAAGUAACACCAAACACUAGUCCUUGCUUUUACUUAGCACUGGAGCUCACUCGUAUUUAUAAACAAAAGCCCUCUGCCCAUUCAGAAUAUUUCGGAGGCUGCUAAAGAAAGGCCCAUGUUUAAUGGAUGGGACCCAUUCAACACAUGGGGUCCCUCACAUAAAGAAGAAAGCACGCUCCUCUCUCUUUUAGUCGUAAUGCAAGAUUGUGGCAACACCUAUAAGCUCACCCAGAUGAGUGCUUCUCAGCCAAAAACAUUUGGGUAGAAAAUAGAUCCUCUGGAGAAGUGAACCUAAAGCCUCACGCUACAGAUGAGUUGGCAACAAAAGGGUGUGUGCUCCAUUAGGCAGUCACAGUUGGCAAAAUAUGAACAGCAUCAACAGUGGUAAAUUAAAAGUAUAGCAAAGAACCCAAGCUGACCAAUGUGAGCCAGAGACAAAACGAAGUGCUGGCUGUGCUGGUGGGAGGAGGAAUGAGCAAUGAUCAGGUCACACAAAACUCCACAGCGUUUGGGAAUAAGCAGAUUACCAUUCAGAGAAUGGGAUUCAUUCAGGAACUGGGAUAAAACUAAACUCUCCAAGACAUCUCUCUUCGCCGCAUUUGUUUCUAGUCCUUUUGUUUCCCGCAGACCUCUCAGGAGCUCCCCGCACCCUUCUGCCCCCUUCGCUGACUUGCUGCUCUCGCCCCAGUCCGCCUAUGCCCGGGCUCCGUCUGCCCUUUGUGAGAGUGUGAGAGAGGUCGGGGGAGCCCGACCGUGAGGGGGCACGGCCUCUGAAGAAGGUGGCUGUAGAGGAGUCCCAUGCACGAGGGAGAAGCGUGGGGGGAAAAACGCGGCGGGACGGCAAUAAGGUCGGAGGACGGCGGGUAAACAGGGACGGCGGAGGAGCUGUGGCUGACGGCCGAGCAGGAGGCAGCCUCCGGACCGGGCUGCGGCCAGCGGGGUGCUCGGGGCGGGUGACGCGCGGGGCCGGGCAGCGUUCGGGAAGGCAGCGGCAGGUAGCGGCACACACCGCGGGGUGCUCGCCCUUCCCCCGCACGCAGGGGAGCCGAGAGGAGGUGGCGGGGGGGGAAGGGGGGUGCGCGGCGGGGGGGAUUAGCGGGACGCCGCGGCCCCGCCUUCCCCCUUCGCAUCCCGGGCGCGAUGAGAAGGGGAGAUGGAAGCGAGCCGGCGGGACUGGCACCAUGACAUUGGCCGGCUUCGUGGUGGCGCUGGUGCUCGGGGCGCUGCCCGGAGCCCGCGGGCCGGGGCAGGUCUCCGCCGGCCUCCCCGCCGCUCGCGCCCCGCCGCGGCCCCCCGGCCCGCCUCCGCCGCAGCCCCCCGCCGGCUGCCCCGCGGGGCGCUUCGCCGUGCCCCAGCGCCCCUGGCCGACCGCGGCGCCCGCCCUUUCGCGGCGCGGCUCGGCGGGCAGGCUGCCGCGGAGCCGCCGCAGCUCCUGCGCCCUGCCCGGCGGCGGCGGCGGCGGCCGACCCCGGUGCGGCCCUCGGAGCGGCCGGCGCCGGGCGGAGCGGGAGCGCGCCGACUGCGAGCGAGCAUCAGUGAGACUCCAAGGUGGCAAGAAUGAGUUUGAAGGUACAGUGGAGGUUUAUUUGAAUGGAGUCUGGGGAGCAAUCUGUGGCAGCCACUGGGACAAUAAUGAUGCAACGGUCAUAUGUCGACAGCUUGCACUUGGUGAAAAAGGCACAUCCAAACACAUACCAUUUUCCGAACUGGGCCUUAUUCCUGUCUACUGGAGUGAAGUGCGUUGUCGUGGUGAUGAAGAAACUAUACUGUUAUGUGAAAAAGACAUCUGGCAGGAUGGAAUAUGUCCUCAAAACACAGCAGCUGCUGUUACAUGUAGCUCUUCUCUAGCCACUGUCUUUAUUCCAAUCCGGCUGGCUGGUGGGAACAAGGCUUACGAAGGAAGAGUAGAAGUCUACCAUGCUGGCCAGUGGGGGACUGUCUGUGACGAUCAGUGGGAUGACGCAGAUGCUGAAGUUGUCUGCCGGCAGCUUGGCCUUGGGGGUGCUGCCAAGGCAUGGAGCCAGGCUUACUUUGGAGAAGGCUCAGGCCUUGUGCUGCUGGAUGAAGUGCAAUGUACAGGAAAUGAGCUAUCUAUAGAACAGUGUCCAAAAAGCUCCUGGAGGGAACACAACUGCGACCACAAAGAAGAUGCUGGUGUUUCCUGUACACCUCUCACAGAUGGUGCAUUAAGGCUAACAGGUGGGAAAGGCAGUCAUGAGGGACGCCUGGAGGUCUAUUAUUCUGGGCAGUGGGGCACAAUCUGCGAUGAUGGGUGGACAGAGCUGAAUACACAGGUGGCUUGCCGGCAGCUUGGAUUUAAGUAUGGAAAAAGUGCUCCUGAGAGCUCCUCAGAAGGAAACUCUGGUCCCAUCUGGUUGGAUGAUGUCAGCUGCUCUGGGAAGGAAACAGACCUUCUGCAGUGCUCAAGGAGAGAGUGGGGAAAGCAUGACUGCAGCCAUCAGGAGGAUGUCAGACUCAUUUGCCAUCCAGAUAACAACAGCCAUAAACUCUCACUUGGUCCUCCCAUCAGGCUGAUGGAUGGUGAGAGUAAGAAGGAAGGACGUGUAGAGAUUUUUUUCAAUGGUCAGUGGGGCACAAUUUGUGAUGAUGGAUGGUCUGAUAAGGAUGCAGCUGUAGUUUGUCGACAGCUUGGCUACAAAGGUCCAGCGAGAGCAAGGACAAUGGCAUAUUUUGGGGAGGGCAAAGGCCCAAUCCAUGUGGAUAAUGUAAAAUGUACUGGAAGUGAGAGAUCCUUGGCAGACUGCAUUAAGCAGGACAUUGGAACACACAACUGCCGUCACAGCGAGGAUGCAGGCGUCAUCUGUGACCACUUAGGCAAGAAGGUCCCUGGGAAUAGCAACAAAGAUUCUCUUGCUUCUGUUUGUGGAUUGAGAUUACUACAUCGUCGACAAAAGCGAAUAAUUGGUGGAAAAAAUUCUUUACGGGGUGGUUGGCCAUGGCAGGUUGCACUCCGAUUGAAAUCAUCUCACGGGGAUGGAAGACUCUUGUGUGGUGCUACUCUCAUUAGUAGCUGCUGGGUCCUCACUGCUGCACACUGCUUUAAAAGGUAUGGCAAUAACACUAGGAACUAUGCCGUGCGAGUUGGAGAUUAUCAUACGCUGGUACCGGAGGAGUACGAGGAAGAAAUUGGAGUCCAAGAGAUUGUGAUGCACAAAGAGUACAAGCCUGACAGCAGUGACUAUGACAUUGCACUAGUGAGGCUGCAGGGGCCAGAGGAACAGUGUGCCAGAUUCAGUACCCAUGUCUUACCUGCCUGCCUGCCCUUAAGGAAAGAGAGACCACAGAAAACUGCUCCUAACUGUUACAUCACUGGAUGGGGUGACACAGGAAGGGCUUAUUCAAGAACAUUACAACAAGCUGCCAUCCCCUUGCUUCCCAAGAGGGUAUGUGAAGAACGCUAUAAAAGAAGAUUCACAGGAAGAAUGCUCUGUGCUGGAAACAUCCAGGAACAGAAACGCAUCGAUAGCUGCCAAGGGGACAGUGGAGGACCGCUGAUGUGCGAACGCCCAGGGGAAAGCUGGGUUGUGUACGGCGUGACGUCCUGGGGCUACGGCUGCGGAAUGAAAGACUCUCCAGGUGUCUACACAAAAGUUUCAUCGUUUGUACCCUGGAUAAAGAGUGUGACCAAACUAUGAGCGUGCUUCGUCCAAACCAAACUUUAACAACAUGAAUAAAGCAGGACAGCUUGAACAGCACAGACUGCACAGCUGGGGCCCACUGCAAGUGGAAACAAGCACAUUUUCCUAAUUUGUGUGUGUUGGGGUUUCUUUGGUAUUACAUCCAGGCUGAAUGCACACCUUUACAGUUAUGGAUUACUAUGCAAACAAAAUCCUUCUGUGUCAAGGAAGUUUAUCUUGCACAAACUGAAGAUAAGCAGAAAAGUGACCUCCAGCUUUGAGGAACAUUAGAGCAGGAAAGCUAAUGAGUUCUCUAGCAGAUCCACUAUUCACAGGAAGCUCCAAGCUUUUAUAUAAUUAAUAAUAGACCUCAAAAUUCAUUUUUAAUUCUAGUUUAUUUAAUCAGUUCUUCACUGCUUUCCUAUUACUCCUAUGACCUUAUACUCAGUUCUCUAAUUUUGACUGUUGUUUUACCAGCUGAUGAGACCACAAACAAGCACAUGCUUGGUAAGUAACUGUCUAUACAUUAAGUGUUAGAAGGAAAACAACUGUCAAUAAUCAGACCUUCACCUAGUCUGAAAAAUAUGCAAAGCACAUUCCAAAGUAAAGUAGACAGCAUGCUGGAAGGUAAUUAAUUUCCCUGCAGACAUUCUACGCAGCUGUAUGAGUUAGAUAAAUGCUGGAAAUAUUGAAGCAGUGCCUAUCUGAAAAGAUGUAUAAAGUCUUAAAGGAUUAUUUUCUAAAUACUUAGACAACCACGCUCAGGGGCAGUGCUGUUUCAGAUCAUUCUCAUUGGAAAAGUAAAAAAAUUAUUUUUAACCAAUAACUAAAAGUUUUUUUAUCCAGCAACUGUUCAAUUUUGCUAUAGUAAUUUAUGACACCACAUCAAGUUGUAAGUCAUACGGACCCUAGUGCCCUUCUAUGUUCUAAAUAUCAUUUAGCAAUAUCCAUCCCCUUUAUUAACUGCUUUUAAAAACACUCUUGCCCAUGUUAUGAAAACCACAAUGGUUUUUAUAAAAAAAAGCACCAAGGUACUCCAUAUCAACACAAAUAGAAAACAACUUUUACCUUUCUAGAAAUGGAUGCUUCCCUCAUUUUAGAAUCACAGAGUCAUUUAGUUUGAAAAAGAACACUGAAAUCAAGUCCAACCAUUACUGUGACCUACUGAAUCCCGUUGUUUAAACCAUGGCCCUUGGUGCCAUACCUCCCUCGCUUUCCUUGGCAGCUCAUCCCAGUGCUCUACUUCCUCCUGAUGAAGCAAUUUUUCCUAAUCAUCAUACAGAACCCUGGAAGGAAUCACCAUUUCACUGCAACCCAAAUUGACAGUAAUCUUUAGAACAGCAGACUAGCUACAAUCAACAGUGAAACAAUAAAGUUCAGCACUGUCAGUGAGCUCUCCUUACGGCCAGCUGGACUGCCUGCAAGCAUACCCAGUGUAGUACAUUUUUAACAAUGAUGCUUCUUAAAAACAUGAAAGAACAGCUCUGUGGGCCAUGAAACACCCCAGUGAGAUACGUAUGGCAGCUGUGUGUACCAACUGUGACUACCACUUAGUUUUCCUGUUUCCCUUCCUCAGACACUCAAGCUGUAACAGUAUUGCGUGGCCUUCUGUGAACAAAGCGGGACACUCAUAUUCAUUUGUAAGUGGGCAUUCAUGCACUCCCCGUAUACUUCUACGUGUCUCUGGUGUUUUAAUAUCCAAACCAACUCAUUUGUGCAAGUUACAAUAAUGUUGCAAGUGAUUGUAAAAUUGGCCCUCAAUUUCUCUCCUCAAACUUACUGGCCCUAUUAAGGGCCAGAACUAGCUUAAAUACCUUGUUGGAACUGGUGCUAAACUAGUACACAUGAGGUGCUUUUAUGUAUUUUAGUUUUCUGUAAAACUGCACUAGAAGCACAUUAUUUAAGAACAUAUAGUACUAUGCUCACCUACUGUUAGACCUAUGUGAAAUACUCUCCUAGCAAACUGUAAAGCUAUUUACAUUUUUACAUAUAUGUAGCCCUAUUAAUUACAGAGAAAGUAAGCCUGUCAGAAGGUACCUACUCAUACAAAAUUUUGCUAAAUAAGACCUUGAUUAUAAGACUUGUGAAGUAGACAACAUAGUGCAGUAUGUGUGAUAUACAGCAUAAACCAUUCUUUUGAGAGUUGCACCACAAAGUGCAAUACUUAGAGAAAAAGAUCAAGUCUGUACCCUAAAUGCAGUAACAUUUAGAUUUAGUAAGGUAGAUCAUUAGUUUUGCUCUCUUAGGAUGCUUUAAUACUUAGAAGUUGAAAUGAUGCACUAGUUCCCAUGCAGACAGCAUGCCUUUGCUAGUUCCUAAAAGAAAAUGAAAUUGUCUUUAUGUUGUACCAUUCUAAUUCUUGUUCAGUGAGCCUGAUGAUGUAAAUGUGAACAAUAAAAACUGCCACGCUGACUGGAGCUUUUAUACAUGUCUAAGUGGAUGUGGCAGGAACAUCAGUUGUGGGUAAGCUUCUCAGUUUGCAAUGAAUUUUCUACUUAACAAAGAUACCCCACACAAGGUUAUGCUAAGCAAGAGCCAGUACUAUCAAAGUUUGAUUAUACAUUUCAGAAGGAAACAUUUAAUUUGUCCCAUUCUUGAGCUUUUUACAAAUAUGCAUUAAGUGAAAAUAUCCAACAAAUUAAAUAGAGAAAGCAGCCACAUUAAAAAAAAAAAAAAAUCUCUAUUUCUUCCCUGCAGAAAAUGUUUAAUUCUUCCCUCUAAAACUAUGUGCCUUCUAGAAUGGGUUCCAGACAGCAUCAAUCAGUUCCUUCUUUGGCCCAGAACUAUUUAGUUGAAAGUACAAGGCCCAGAUACCAAAAGGUGAAUGCACACAGCAAACACAUUUGUCCUCUCCUCAGUAACUCUGAAGUUUACAUGCAGGUCUGGUCUUGGUUAUCAGUACACUUGUAAGGAAGAAGCGACACUUGCAGUGUAAGUCCAUAUCUCUUUAUUGACUCGUUAGUACAUUUGAAUCCUUUACAUUAGCAUGUAUUGAAGUUUUCACUGCAGACAGUCACAUGCACCUUUUAGACUUCACAAACUUACCUUCAUCUUCCAGUACAGUACACUCCUUGUAACAUCCCUUCUAAGGUGCUUUAGCAGCAGCAGAGCCACCAGUGAAAACACAACACUUCUCCAGAUUUAGGACUACUGAAGCAUGGUCAGCUGCGUAGCUACAGUAUAGCACAGUCACUAACUACUGACAUUGUAAUAACAUAAAACUUGGUGAAAGCCUUGAAAUGAGAGCAGAUAAGGAUCCUGGAAGGCAGCAUAAAUUUGCCAACAUCCUCCUAACUACCUUCUCUUUUGUGCAGACCAAUUCCACGCUAAUUUGAAACACAGUACACUACAUCCCAGGCCCCCUGUGCGCUUUGUAAAGACUGCAGAGCAUCUAGGCUCAAGGUAUAAACUUAAUUAGAAGAGUUCAUUUAAGUCUAAAUUGAAAUUAAGACCCAGCCUAAAAGUAGUGCUUGCUUCCCUGUUUGAAGGGCAGGAAUACCAUUACUCACAAAGACUGCUAAUCCUGUAAGAUUGCCUAUCAACCCUUAAAGUCAGUAAACAAUAUAAUUUCUAUUCACAGUUACUCCAGAAAUUUACAGGUUGAAUUAAGACCCAUCUUCUUCUGCCAUCACAACUCAAGAAUGCUUUUCCCCUGUAAAGAGAAGUUUGACGCAGUUUAAUAUUGCUACACAUACAAGACAGCAGACAUCACUGGACAGCACGGUGCCUUCCUGGAAGCUGUACAAUGCUCUGAAACAAAGCUGCUGGAAGCCAUCUCCCCUGCUUCAGAUCACCAUUUGUACUCACUCUGCUAACUCAGCAACAUGCUUACUGACAGGCUUGCUCCUUGCACACACAGCUUGUGGACAUCUGUGGAUCCAGAUGCCUCCAGUGUAGUAGGCAAGAGUACUGGCAAUACACAUCUUUACUACAGCCCAGUCUUCAGAAUAGACUGAACACAUCCACACCUAAGCCCAUUUCUUCCAAAUAAUAGACUUUUCCUCUUAGUUACAACUUUUUGUCAGUAAAAGAUAAUUACACACAACCAAGUAGACUUUCAAUAAACAAAAAUCAAGCUCGUAUCUUGAUUUCAGUGGUGAUGUGACGGGUCUCAGCAGCUUAGUCGCUAAACGUAACUAGUAAAUUGCUAUUAUUCCCACUCACAACUUCUCUAUUAGGAGCUCAUAAGGCAACACAUACCCAGUCACGCGGUGUCUUUGAGGAAAGAAACUUCUAUGCCGCCUCCACACUUCCGGCUUCUGCAUUCCAAGACAGUU